AUGGAUUCGAUCCAGAGAUAUAAGGGAUACACUCUUUGUCCGUACACCGAUACCUCAAAACUGGAGAAUGGAGUUAUGGAAAGAUUUUUCCGUCAAGAUGACAUCAUUGUGCAAGGGUUUCCCAAGUCUGGUAACACCUGGAUGAUAUUUUUACUACAAGAGUUAUAUCCUGAUUUGAAUGUGUUUCAGCACGGUGACAAGAAAGUGCCUCCAAUGCUAGAGUGGCUCACUGCCAAUCCUAGAUUUUUCGAUGAUUUCGACACGCCUAUAACAAGAGCAGUGAAAUCCUUUCUGAUACACGAAAAUGUUACACGAGAAGGUCAUCUUAAAAAUUUCAUAGACGGGAUCCUUCCAGGUACACCUUGGGUGAACCACGUAGCUGGCUGGAGGAAACACAGUGAUGAUGAGAACGUGUUUUACGUCACUUACGAAGACAUGGUAAAAGAAACCAAGACCACUGUCCGCGCGAUAACGGAGUUCCUGGGACGCUCUCUUCCGGACUCACAGUUAGAAAAUGCUAUAGUUAACACUUCUAUUGACAAUUUACGUAAUAGUCCAACGUCUGCGUUUAGAAUCGAUAUUGACGAGUCAUUUAUGCCAAAUUAUGUUGCUGGCUAUUUUAGGAAGGGGAAAGUUGGCGACUGGAAGAACCAUUUCACCGUGGCUGAAAAUGAGAUGUUUGAAGAUGUCAUAGUGAAGAAGUUACAAGAAAAGAGAAUAGAAUUUGUGUAUAAAUUGUAA